AUGCAUCAUGAUCCUCUGUUCAGUGCUCCUGAUGGAUACACUAUUAAAAGAGUUCCUAUUGGUCUAAUAUCGGACAGUGUUUUUACUCCAGAUCUUCCUCUUAGAGCAACACAACCUACAAUUGGAUAUUUCUUAGAGGAAAAGAAAAGUGCUUCAGAUGAUUCGUAUGGAGUCCAUCGAAGUAAAUAUGGAGGAACAGGGGAAAUCAAACGGGUUCUUGGAAAAUAUGAGAUGAUUACAGCUAGAAAAACCAAUAGCUUCAGGACAGCACUUGAUUGUUCUCCUGAACCUCCAAUGACUAAGAAAAUUAUGGCGAAACGGAUUUUAGAUAACAAACCAUUUUUUGCUGGACCAAUUGACAAAGUUGCAUGUGAUGUAUUUCAAUUAGCUACUCAAUCCAAACCACUCCCACUGCCUGCUCCAAAGCAAUUUUUUCCCCGAUCUGUUGUUUAUGAAAUUGAAUUUGUAAAAGAACAAUAUCGAAAAGCUAUGAUGGAUGCUUUAGAGAAGGAAAGAAAAGAAUUUGAAGAAUUAAUUAAGAAACAAAAAAAUGUUUUGAAGGACAAACCAAUUGAAGGAAAAAAUCUUAACAGUAAUAACCAGGAAGAAUCAACAUUGCCGGAGAAAGCUGAAACUACUGGGAUAAUGACAGACGAGCACAUUCAGGAUGGUGAGGAUGCUAUAAAAUUUGGCAAUCUGAAUAAAAAUGAUGCAGUUUCUUGCAUAUCUGUCUGCGGAUUGUGUGGUUGUACUCUAACACGUGGAGCUUGUCUAAAAUGCAACACAGAAAAAGAGUCUCUGAACUUAGAAGUUAUCUUUGACAAAGCUAAUGUCAGAUGGAAACCUGAGCCUCCAAAAUAUGGUUCAUCAUGGAGUGAACGACGACAGAAAGAGAUGAUGAAGGUAAAUUACCCAUUCAGAACUGAAGUAACACGUUGGUAUUACCAAUCAUCUCUUCCUUUUGAUGCAUCAACACAGGGAUCUUUAAAAACCAAAUUUGCAGAAAAGAAGUUUUCUUCUUUGAAUAUAUGA